ACCUAUACUAUGUUCUCAUAUCCCAUAGUGACGCAUGGCCAGCUGUAGGAAGUAAAGUAGUGAAGGAAGUGUACAGUACCCCGUAAAAUAUAGCCUAAGGUACCGUACGAACGCGCUCUCUCCUCUUGUGGUUCUAAUUUUGGACGCAAAAAUGGCGUAUCCCGGAUUCGGCGGAUAUGGGGCCCCAGGCAUGCCAGGGAUGCCACCCCAAGGAAUGCACAUGGGUAUGCCGAUGCCAGGCCACUACCACCCCAUGGGUGCCUUUCCUGGAAACAUGGCUGCUCCCCCCAUCAGUGACCCUAUGUGGGGUUACUUCACAGCAAUUGCAGGGCAGGAUGGUGAAAUUGAUGCAGAGGAGUUGCAGACGUGCCUUACUCAGACUGGUAUCAGCGGCACCUACACCCCAUUCAGCUUGGAGACAUGCCGAAUUAUGAUUGCUAUGCUGGAUAGAGAUAUGACUGGGAAGAUGGGGUUCAAUGAGUUUAAAGAGCUGUUUGCAGCUCUGAAUGGCUGGAAGCAGAACUUCAUCAUGUUUGACCAGGACAAAAGUGGGACGGUGGAACCGCAUGAAAUGUUCAAGGCUAUUACCUCCCUGGGCUACACUUUAAGCCCACAUGCCCUGAACUGCAUCAUCACGCGCUACAGCAAAAAUGGCAGGAUCUUCUUCGACGACUACGUGGCCUGCUGCGUAAAGCUCCGGGCCCUCACAGAGAAUUUCAGGAGGAGAGAUGCUUUGCAGCAAGGCACCGUGACCUUUCAGUACGACGAUUUUAUCAUGUGCACAAUGACCAUCUGAAUGACCUUCCUGGCCUGUGGAAGAACAUCCAAAUGGAGUCGGAAACUUGUGGGGAGGAGACUGUUAGGGACAUUUAGACUGCAUCUGUGUAAUUGCCAAGAUUUCACCGAAAACGGCCGUUGCUGUGUUUGGCGUCCGCGUUUGCUUUUUACGUAGCCAAGGAACGUAAGUGUUUCUCCUGAGUACUGAUACCUGCUAUGUAAUGCAAAAGAAGUCUUUAGAACAUUUCUCAGCUUGAGCGAUUAAAGAUUCCAGGCACUGUGUGUGUGUGUGUGUGUGUGUGUGUGUGUGUGUGUGUGUGUGUGUGUGUGUGUGUGUGUGUGAGUGAGUGAGUGAGAGAGAGAUAAAGUCGCAAUUUCUCUGUGUAGUUUGCCUUGUUCCUCCGUGUACAUUAUCCACAGUACUUUGCUAUUACGCUUUUGGCUGAAUGUUGUAGUGUCUGAGGUUAUGGGUGUUAGAACUCAGGAGCGCAUUGUGCUAAUUAUUAAUAAACUUACCUCAUAUUAGUAAGGACGUGAAGGAUGGUACACGUCACCUGAUAUUAAAAUUGUCUGAACACAUGUGCCAAUUAAAAUUUUAAAGGUGCAAGAUAUGAAAAAUGGCUUCAUAUACUGCUGUGUUCAUAAGAAGUAUCACAGUCAUUAAAGUUUUAAAAUCGCAGUGUGGUAAGUGCCUGUGAUCUGGACAGCGAAACAGAGCAGCUAAUUCCCCCCCCCCCCCCCUUAUCCUAUUACAUACUGCUGAAAUUUACACUUUGCAGUUUUAUGUUUUUUAAACCUUUAAUGCCAGUCUAAGUAAGGGAAUGGAUUAUUUUUGUGUCCGAUAGCAUAACUUUUAUAGUUCUUUCAGAUUUUGCAAUCCUGCCUUUUUUAAAAAAAAAAAAAAGGGUCACAGUUAAGAUUGUCUAUGCAAUGUUGAAACUAAAGUACUGAUAAUUCAAGACUGACUUUGAAAGAGCACCACAAUCUAUGUUAUAUGAUCAAUUAUCACUAAUCCAGUAUUGUCUUUAGAGGCAAACUGUUUCUUGUUUUCCCACUUCACAAUGAACUGCUUUGCUGUGAGCUUGUACACUUUAAAAUUAUUAUUUUUUUAAAGCAUAAAUAAAGUCUGUUGCAUUAAGUAUGCUUUUUAUUGAUUUCUUUAUUCAUUUUUU